AUGGCUAGUAUUGAAACAGUUAAACGAUCAAUGGCGAGUAACUUCGAUUUUUUCUACGUCAAUUUUUGGGAUGCAAGGCUGGUGAGGUUCCACAGCCUGACUCUUCUGCACUUUUUGAAAAUCUUCUCGAACAAGGGUUCGUCGAAGUUUAAUCAUCACUCUCAUCGGUGUGGUAGUGUCAAGAAGAAUCAUUUUCAAGUAGGGCGGCAGCGAGAAGAGAUGAACGGAGUGUGGUUUGGGAAAAUGAGAACUGAGAGUCUGAGAGACUUCUCGAGACAUCUGGCCUCAUUUUCUUUAUAUUUUAAUCGUCUCAUUUUA